UUAUUUUUUAACAGCUCUGUACUGAAGAAAACGGCGAUUGAGAGGGAGAGUUUGAGAAUGGUGAAGAAGGAGGAGUUCUUGAGAGAAAACGGCGACAACGAAAACCGUUCCGUCUCGCGGAGUGACUUCCCUCCCAACUUCAUCUUCGGAGUUGCCACUUCUGCAUAUCAGAUAGAAGGUGCUUGUAAGGAGGGUGGUAGAGGUCCUAGCAUAUGGGAUGCCUUUACACACACGGAAGGAAAAAUUCUUGACAAAAGCAAUGGUGAUGUUGCAGUUAAUCAUUAUCAUCGGUACAUGGAAGAUAUUGAUCUUAUAGCCAAGUUGGGAUUUGAUGCUUAUAGAUUUUCAAUUUCUUGGUCUCGGAUUUUCCCCGAUGGCUUAGGAACGAAAAUCAAUGACGAAGGGAUAACUUUUUAUAACAACAUUAUUAAUGGUCUUCUUGAAAGAGGUAUACAACCUUAUGUAACUUUGUACCAUUGGGAUCUUCCGCUGCAUCUUCACGAGUCGAUGGGAGGAUGGUUAAAUAAACAAAUCAUAGAGUACUUUGCUGUUUAUGCAGAUACUUGCUUUGCAAGUUUUGGGGAUAGAGUGAAGAACUGGAUUACUAUUAAUGAGCCCCUUCAAACUGCAGUCAAUGGGUAUGAUGUUGCAAUUUUUGCUCCAGGAAGACGAGAAAAUUCUCUUAUAGAGCCAUAUUUGGCAGCACAUCAUCAGAUUUUGGCCCAUGCAGCAGCUGUUUCCAUAUACCGGAGCAAAUACAAGGAUAAGCAAGGGGGACAAGUGGGCUUUGUGGUAGAUUGUGAAUGGGCAGAGGCUAAUUCCGAUAAGAUUGAAGAUAAAUCUGCUGCUGCAAGACGCCUGGAUUUUCAGCUUGGCUGGUUCUUGCAUCCACUAUAUUAUGGAGACUAUCCUGAAGUUAUGCGUGAAAGACUUGGAGAUCAGCUUCCCAAGUUUUCAGAGGAGGAUAAGAAAAUUCUUUUGAAUGCUUUGGACUUUAUUGGUCUAAAUCACUAUACGUCAAGGUUUAUUUCUCAUGUGACAGAAUGCGCCGAAGAAAACCAUUACUACAAGGUGCAAGAGAUGGAGAGAAUUGUGGAAUGGGAAGGUGGCCAGGCCAUAGGUGAGAAGGCAGCAUCAGAGUGGCUCUAUGUUGUUCCCUGGGGUCUACGGAAGAUUCUCAAUUAUGUAUCACAAAAAUAUGCUACUCCGAUAUUUGUCACAGAGAAUGGUAUGGAUGAUGAAGAUAAUGAUAACUUGCCGUUACAUGAGAUGCUAGAUGACAAACUGAGAGUUCGCUAUUUCAAAGGAUAUCUUGCGUCAGUUGCUCAGGCUAUAAAGGAUGGAGCAGAUGUAAGGGGAUACUUUGCGUGGUCAUUACUAGACAACUUUGAAUGGGCUCAAGGUUAUACAAAACGCUUUGGAUUGGUCUAUGUAGAUUAUAAAAAUGGGCUCAGCAGGCACCCCAAGUCUUCUGCAUAUUGGUUUUCACGGUUUCUGAAAGCUGGUGAAAACAAGAAGGGUAAAGAAGAGUAGCUUACUUUCUUCAUUAUGUGUCUUUCCAUACCAGAUACAAGGAAUAAAAUAAAGUAAGCACAGAAUUCCACCAUUAUCAGUACUUGGAAGCUUUGUAUGGGCUAUAAUGCCAUUUCUCUACAUUUUUCUCACUAUCGAAUUUCAUUCCCAAAUUGUGUGAAAACUCUGUUCCAUCAUAUUUAUUUGUUUUGCCUGUUAAUCUGUGUCGCACCACAAAUUAGACAACGUUGAAUUUUGAUGUACCACGUUGCUUGUGUAAUACAUUUUCUAAGUUUAAUUCCGAGUAA